AUGGCGGUCGAGCCUAAGCAAGCAGAAGCACCGAAUGUUGAGACGAAUAAGUUAUCUUUGUCAUUGUUUCGAAGGCCCGACAAGUUUAAAAUUGGCGAAGACUUUGAUUUGUUCAUCAAGAAAUGUGAACUGUACUUCGAAGCAGUGGAACUUGAAGAUGUUAAAAAGCGACGACUUGCGUUGUUGUUUAAUUUGAGCGAAGAUGCGUUUCGUUUGGCAGAACCGGUUGAGUUUGGCGAAGGGGAAAACGCGUACAAAGAUUGGAUUGGAAAGUUGAAGUCGUUAUUUGAAAGUAAUCAGACUGUACGGAGAAACGUUACAAUUUCCAAUCGUCGAGAACAGGAGCUUGGUGAGUAUGUUGAUUCGUAUGCUGUUUCUUUGCGAGAAGCUGGAGCUAGAUGUGGUUUCCAUGGUGACGAAUAUUCUAGCAGGUUGGUUGAUCAAUUUAUUUUGGGGUUGAGAGAUAAGGCCACCCAAAACAAGUUGUUACAAGGGCCACCAAACAGUUUAGAUGAUGCCUUGUUAAUUGCUCGAAGAUUUGAGGCAGCAAAUGCCACAAUGAAAACAUUAGCCAGAGAAGCAACAGAAAAAUUAAGUAGAACAACAAUUGGCUCAGUUAGUUCUUUGAAUGCUGCCAAAACAUGUUAUCCGUGUAAUGGAUUUGGUCAUGUGUCCAGACAGUGCCCUACUAUGAACAACUUCAGGCAAAAUAAUACUGCACGGCCACAAACUAAGUUAUGUUAUUCAUGUCAAAAGCCAGGACAUACACGUGACCAUUUGCUAUCGUUGUGGGAAUAGUGGCCAUACUGCAAAGUUCUGUAAUGCGAAGUUGGAGGGAGGUCUGGGUUCUAGUAGAGAUGGUGAAAGCCCCAAGAAAAAUGAUUAAAAAAUCAGACUGUCUACCAUUUCUUCAGCGAGCAAGAAGAAACCCCUUAUGGUCGAGACUACUAUUAAUGGGAAAAACAAACUUUGUAUAGUUGACACUGACUCAUCCAUUUCAUAAGUUAGUAAAGACCAGUGGCAACCUCUUAAACUGGAUGAUACCCCAUUAUUUCCAUCCGAUAUUGUUGCAGAAGCCGCUAACAAUUCUCCCAUUGGGAUUUUGGGCAAAACCACUUUGAAUGUGCAAUUUGAUGAAAGCAACAAGUCAUCUCAUGACUUUUAUGUGGCUAAUGAAAUGGUGUCUGAAAUUAUUCUGGGUUUAGAUUGGUUAGUAACUAACAAAAUAAAUGUCGAUAUGUCUGAAAUGGAUUUGAAAUUCCCAGAUGGUACCACAAAACCCUUGUGUUUAUUUGAUUCAACCAUAGCAGAUCCCUGGGCGUUGUUCUAG